AAGAAGCCGUGCCGUUACCUCCGUGCAUUUGAAGUAUCUCGCCGUGCAUAAUAUUACGUAAGAGGAUGAGAUAUUCUCCAUUUAUGGCUGUAAUGUYACGUAGUAGCCGUGGGCAUUGAUACCCCCUCAUAUCUACGCUUCUAUCGCGGGCCCCACGACACGAUAGCACUGCGCCAUUGACAGAUACUCAACUGGUAAAUUUCGAAUAAGCUUUUGGAAUUUGGAUCUGCUAAAGCAUCUUCCAUUCUCGAUUCCCGGCAUUUCCAUCAUAUCCCGCUCCACCCUGAACAGAUCUAAUGGUCCUCAUCUUCUUGCAGCAGCCCUUCUUUACCCUCAUAAUGUAGACGAGGUCCCAGCUGGUUCUUGAUAUAGUCAUAGUGUUGGUGUCACAGAGAGAGAGAGAGAGAGAGAGAGAGAAGGGAGAGGGAUUUCGUCUGCAGCCAUGGACGUCUUGGGUUCUCCCUUGGAAGCAAUCGUCUUCAACUAUCUGAAUCUGGGUUUACUAGCGGUCGCUAACAGCCUCUGGACCUGGGUCGCCAUCUUAACGGCUGCUUUUAGUGUCUGGAGAAUCAGAGCCGUCGGUUUCUACCCUCGCCGGCCAAAAUCAGACUUAUAUUCUUCCUUCAACGAUCGAAUUACGUACGAGUCUCAUGCUUUGUUUGAGUUAACGCCAUCUGAGUCAUCGGAGAAGCCAUCUCAAUCGUCGUCGGAGUCGGACAAACCAUCAGGAGCUUGCAGAGUAAUGUGUCCUUCUAGCUCUUGUUCUUCUUCGGUUUGGACCGUUGAAGAUGAAGGUAGGACAAAAGGAGGUAAGUAUACCGUGCAUUAUUAUUAUGAAGAGGUUCACGACAACGGCGAGUCAACGCCAAGGGAGAUCUCGGACGACGAGGUUGCAGUUGCUGAAGGCGCCGACGGCGGUUGCUGGGAUGGAGGAGACAUUGGCGAGGGAUGUAGUAGUUUUGGUGGAAUAUUCAUCAGCAGAUGGGGAAGAGGGGAUUUGGGUUGGUAUCGUUACCAGGAUCCAACGGUGCUUAACGGCAGCAUCGUUAGAUUAUGGGACGAUCACGGAUCAUCACACUAUUAAACGGAGAAAACCGCCGCCGUCAGCGUGGUAGAGGGCAAGGGGCAUUUUGGGACUUAUGUAAGAGUAAAUGGUAAAUGUAUAUAGAGUCAAGUGUAUUUGACUAUUUGUGGUUUGAAUACACUUUUUUUUUUGGGUGGGGGGGCUCAGAUUCUCUCUUUCUCUCUCAAAUGAGUCCGGAUCUCCUCUCAAAUCUCAAUCAAGUUGCUCAUCCUCAGUUCCUCUACUUACAGAAGGAUAUUGAUGAGUGCU